CCCUUUUGCAGCAGCGGCGGCCGUAAAGCGCAGAGCGGGCUGGGAGCGGCGGCGGCUCAUUGGCUUUAGGUCCCUCUUCCCCCUCCUGGAGAGAAGCGCCCCGCCCCCGCCGCGCGUGAGUGCCCGGCCGGGCCCCCCGCCCGCAGGGCUGGGAGAGGACAAUGGAUUCACGCUUCACUCGUGGGAAAUCUGCCAUCCUGGAGCGGUCUCUGACCCGGCCAAAGACGGAGGUCAGCCUGAGCGCGUUCUCUCUGCUCUUCUCCGAGAUAGUCCAGUACUGUCAGAACCGGGUUUACUCCGUCUCAGAGCUGCAGAACAAGCUCUCUGAGCUGGGCCAGCAGGUGGGAGCUCGCAUCCUGGAUGUGCUGGUCAUGCGGGAGAAAAACGGCAAGCGGGAGACCAAGGUCAUCAACAUUCUCCUCUUCAUCAAGGUGACGGUGUGGAAGGCCUUGUUCGGAAAGGAGGCAGACAAGCUGGAGCAGGCCAACGACGAUGACAAGACCUACUACAUCAUCGAGAAAGAGCCGCUUAUCAACACGUACAUCUCAGUGCCCAAGGAGAACAGCACGCUCAACUGUGCCUCCUUCACAGCUGGCAUCGUGGAAGCCAUCCUCACCUACAGCGGCUUCCCCGCCAAGGUGACAGCCCACUGGCACAAGGGCACCACCCUCAUGAUCAAAUUCGAUGAGUCCGUCAUCGCGCGAGACAAAGCCCUGGACGGCCGCUGAGCGCACUGCGGGGGGAGCUGACGUGCUGCUCUUGUACAUAUGCACUGUGUAACUAAAAGGACUGUGCUAGGGUGUCCUCAAAGAGGUGCCCUGGCUUGUCUGGGGCAGGAUGUGUGUAGAUCAGAAUGGACCUGCAUGAAGCAGAGGGGGUCUCAGCCCAGUUCCAGUGGAACACAUCUCUCCAUCAUAUCAAUUGCUCCUCUUCCCCUCCCCGACCCCUCUGUUCAAUUCUUGGCUUCUGCCAAGGAUGCCAACUGGCAACCAAAGAUGCAUCUACACUGAAGCUGGCAGAUGUCAUUCCCAGCUCGGGUAGGGAUAUGCAGGCUGGUUCUGACUGAGCUAACAGUGUAGCAGUGGUGGCACAGGCGCGUGGCUGGGGCUGACCACCCUGUACGUACCUAGGAUCUCGGACAGGAUUGUGCUCAGGCAGCUAGCUUGAGCCGCAGCCCCUGCCAGAACAUGAUCCAGUCUGAGAUCCUAGGUACGUACUCUGGUGGCUAGCCCUUGCUGCUGCUGUUUUUAGUGUGCCAGCUUGAACAGAGCUAGCGUGUGCAUCGCCACCUGAGUGGGAAUUACACCUCCCUGUUGUGUGUAAACGUAUUCAGAUUCUGAACUCUGCUCUUGCCCAAGAGAUGGUCUCUCCCGCAUGCAGAGCUGAGAUAUGUUGGUGGGGGCAGCAUCAGGAGGUUUUUUUUCCCAUGUGCCUAACCCCCCACCUCCAGAGCUGAGCGGAGAGCAAGUUACCCACAGGAGCUGGGUGUG